AUGAAUAUUAAUACAUCUUUUCAUCUAUUAAAGAGUUUUGUAAGAGCUCCAAUAUCAAAUAGUAUACAUCCAACAUUAAAACAAAAUGCUGCAUUAUUGAUUGAAUAUGGAGAAUCUUUAUCAAAUACUAUAGUAUACAAGAGUGGUCUUGAUGUACCAUUACCUGAUAAAUCUCAAGUCCUAAUUCGUGUAAACAAUUCUUCAAUCAAUCCUCUUGAUAAUGAAAUGAGAAAAGGAUAUGCAAGAAAUAUAGUAAAUAUUAAACAAAACUUACCAAUGAUAUUGGGAAGAGAUUGUAGUGGUGAAAUUAUAAAUGUUGGGAGUGGAGUAUGGGAUUUUAGAGUUGGUGAUUUGGUUUGGGGUGCAACUGCACCAUUUUCAAAUGGAUCACAUGGAGAAUAUGUAUUAUUGGAUGAAAGUGAGAUAUCAUUAAAACCAAAAAGUUUGAAUCAUGAACAAGCUGCAUCUAUUCCAUUUGCAGCAUUGACUGCUUGGAAUGCAAUAUACAAUGUGGCCAACAUCUCGUCAAAUAGUAGAGUAUUGGUCAAUGGUGGAAAUGGUGGAGUUGGUUUCAUGGCAAUCAAUCUAUUGAAAAAAGAUAUUCAAUGUAAAGAGGUUGUUGCAACUUGUCAACCAAAAAACUUUGAAAAGCUACUCAAAGCUGGUGCAGAUCGUGUCAUUGAUUAUACUCUAGACUAUAAUCAAGUCAAGGAUUUUGACAUUGUUUUAAAUUGUGUUGAUGGUGGUGAAACUAUACAAUCAAAAUGUCUAUCUACUUUAAGGUCAAGUGGAGGACAUUAUAUUUCAUUUAAUGGUCCAAUUAAAUUCAAAAUGCCUACAAUUAUUAUCAAAAUGGUAAAUCAAAUGGCAAAGUAG